CAGCGGGGGCGCCAAAAAAUACCAGAGAAGGGGUGUCGAAAAAUACCACAGCUAGUUGGCGGAGAUAAAACGGUCUUACACAAAGAGGUUUUGAAAUCAUUCGGAUAUUAUUAAAUAUUUAAACACAGCCUCUUUCGCAACGGAAAACCUAAUUAACAGGUUAAAUUGUGCAGGAAAUGUAUUCUAGAACCUACAAGCCCGGCGGCCUAAAAAUACCGAACUGCUUAAUAAAUACCACUAGCCAAAUAUCGAUAACAGCGACCAGCGUUGCCACUGCGCCCGCACUUGUUGCUGUAUCGUCACGCACAUACACACACACACACACACCCUCACAGGCCAUUACGUCAAUAUGGCAAACAAUCUGUCAAACGCGCAAUUACAACAACAACAAGCGCUCGCCCGGAUUGACAGUUGGUCAAUAGACCCGUAGAGGCUUUGCAGGAUUCGGUGAAGGAAGAGUCGCUGAUCAAGCAAGUCACCCAGCUGGUAAGGAUCGGUGGUUGCUCGGAAAGUGCGCGGAAAAUGCUGCCCCAAACGCCGCCCCACGGUCUGAAGGUGAUGUCGGGGGCGGAGGAGAACCGCCACUACCUGCGCGCCUUCAUCCAGAUGUACCGCGACCUGCCCGUGCUGUGGGACACCUCGCUGCGGGACUACACCAAUCGGGAGAAGCGGGCGGAGGCCUAUCUGCGCCUGGUGCCCAUCUACCAUUAUCUCAAGCGCGACGCCACCGUGGAGGAUGUGAAGAAAAAGAUCAACACCCUGCGCACGAACUACCGCAAGGAGCUGAAGGUGGUCGAGAGUGCCAUGCGGUCGGGCAAUCUGCACAGCCCGCGUUGCUGGACCUUCCAGGAGCUGGACUUCCUGCGCAACUCGGAGAAGUUCCUGGCCGUCAAUCCCGCCUUCAAGAACGAACCCACCUUCGCCUUCAGCGAGGGCAGCAAUUGCACCAGUGCCUUUCUGGAGGGCCAAGGAGGUGCCCUGCACUAUGCUGCUCCGCGGGCCGGCGGACAAACACCCAAUAUCUCGGAGAUGUUCCACAAAUCCUUUGGACCGCCUCCACCGCCGCCGCCGUCGGGCAACCAUGUGGAUUAUGUGUCCACCAAGCGGGCCAGGCAAACGCCACCCUAUCCGGGAGGAGUGGGGGGUGGAACUGGAUCUGCGGGAGCCGCAGGCGCCUCCCACAACACCGACGAACUGCUCAACAUAGCCUGCGAAUAUCUGGCUGGCACCUAUCCCGAGGAGGAGUCCAUAGCCCGCACCUGGACGCACAAACUGAAGAGAUUACCCCGCGAACAGCGUCUGCUGGCCGAACGCUUCAUCAACGAGAUUUUGUUCGAGGCCGAGUCCAACAAUCUGCAUCGCGGCUCCGUGCAAAUCAACAACAGCUUCGAGCCCUACGUUCGCUACGAGGAGCCGCCCAAUGGCCACGAGGAGCAAGACAAAUCCCAGAGUCCCAGUGUGCACACCUCUAGCGAGUCCAAGCCCAAUGUUCCGGUAGCCGGUGGCACCGGAGGCGGCGGAGGAGCACCUGGCAGCACCACGAAUGCGGGCAUCAGGGAGUUCUAAGUUUAGUUUAGUUACUAAGUGUUAAGUUUUUAUUGGCCGAGGGGUUAGUGGCAAAUGGCACUGCGUUAGCCUAACAAGGAGAAUCAACAAUAAAUAAACCUGUAAAUAAUA